UCUUUGCCUAUUCUCGUGAGACAAGUCAUUCAAAUGAUCUUGCAAUGGUCCGCGGUGGCUCUAGGGGCCGCAGGCUUCCUACUAUUGUCUGCGGACCCUGUCACUGCAAGUGCAGGCUAUCAUCCGGGGGAAACAGCGUGCCCGGCGCUUUGUAAUGCCGCUGGACCUUACCCUUCGAAUUGGUCCCUCUACCACAACUUUGACCAACUUCAAUACUGCAACCAGGCCUUGUUCCUUGACUUUUCCCUCUAUGAUGAUGUCGACAACCCAGAUACUCUGCACCGUCUCUAUUCCUGCACCUCUUACGGUGCGGACUGGGCCAAUCAACCGAAGAUAUCAACAUCUGUGGUACCCGUUGAGACGGUGAAUGCCACGUAUCAGAUCGGGUGGUCUUCUGAUGGAGGUGUGCUUGCAGCUGCUGAUAUCAGCACUUUGUCCAGGCAGAUUCGUCGGUACUUGGUAAAGGGCUAUGGGGCAACGAACGAGUCGAAUAUUCUAUUUGCGCGCUCCAAUGAGGCAUCCGUCGGUGUGUAUCUUGGAAGCGGUAUAGAGGACAAAGGUGUUGGUUCAUUUGCUCUGAAGGCCUUGGAAGACCAUCUAUCCACUACACGCAUCAGGUCAGGAAGCAUUGCCAUGCAACUCUGCAUCUCUGAUGAUGAUGGGACACACUUCUUUGGAUUGAUGGCCACGAGUAAUGGGACCUUUAGCUCUGUGCAAGCUGCCAUCAAGUCGUGGUCAGCCGCAGAUUGUCUCUCGUUCGAUUCUUCCAGAAACAUCACUGGCCCGGCUAUGUUCACCACCUCUCUGCUUUCCUCGAGGACCAAAAGUUAUGUUUCCAACGUCACCAACAAUACCAGUAAUCCGAUGCGGACAUCAAGUUCUCCUGCUCCCUGGCGCUCCAAUCACCCUCUGGAUCCGACCAACCGACUUUCGGCCCGAUCUGACUGCAGAACAAUCCAGGUUCAAAGGGGUGAUGGCUGUCCUUCUCUAGCCAUUAAAUGUGGCAUAUCAGGUGCACAGUUCACCAAGUUCAACCCCAGUUCUACCUUGUGUGGAAACCUCAUUGCUGGGCAACAUGUCUGCUGCUCAGCUGGGAGUCUUCCCGACUUCACACCAAAGCCUAAUGCAGAUGGCUCAUGUUUUCCAUACAGUAUUAAGAGCAAUGAUGUCUGCAAAACCAUUGCCGCAGCACACGGUAUCACAGUCACUCAGCUGGACGAAUACAACACUAAGACAUGGGCUUGGCCUGGUUGCUCUCACCCGCUCUGGGUUGGAACCACUAUCUGUCUUAGCUCGGGAACUCCACCUAUGCCAGCUUAUGUAGCCAAUGCAAUUUGUGGACCCCAAAAGCCAGGGACUAAAGUGCCGCCUUCUGGCACUGACAUUGCUACCCUGAAUCCUUGUCCAUUGAACGCAUGCUGUGAUGCCUGGGGCCAGUGUGGCGUCACCGAGGAAUUCUGCACAAGCACCACCGAUGGGGCACCAGGGACCGCCGCCUCCGGCACCAAUGGCUGUAUCUCAAACUGCGGAACUAACUUUCCGCCGAGCAGCCCGCCUGCGGUUUUUCGAAGAGUCGGCUACUUUGAGGGGUUCAAUUUAGACCGCAAAUGCCUUUACCAGGAUGUUCUGCAAAUCGACUUCUCGAACUACACACAUUUGCAUUUUGGAUUCGCCAGUCUCACGCCGGACUAUCAGGUGCAAACAGGCAAUAUUCUCAGUUCGUUUGAGUUCAACAACUUUAAACGCAUCGAGGGUCCAGCUAAAAUUGUUUCCUUCGGUGGCUGGGCCUUCUCAACAGACUCAAGCACAUACAAUAUUUUGCGGAACGGCGUCCUCCCUGCUAACCGAGAUACAUUAGCAAAAAACAUUGCUAACUUUGUCAAUGACCACGACCUUGAUGGCGUUGAUAUUGACUGGGAGUACCCCGGGGCACCUGACAUUCCGAACAUUCCACCCGCCUCUGCUGAUGAGGGUUACGACUACAUAUAUUUUCUUUUCCUCCUCAAAGGCUAUCUGCCCGAUAAAUCUGUUUCUAUUGCAGCUCCCUCGUCAUACUGGUACCUGAAGAACUUUCCGAUUCAGACAAUCAGCAUGAUCGUGGACUAUAUUGUUUUCAUGACCUAUGAUCUUCACGGUCAGUGGGACGCAAACAGCCCAUGGUCACAAAGCGGUUGCCCCUCGGGAAUGUGUCUCCGUAGUGGUGUCAAUCUGACAGAGACUCUCAACUCUCUUGUCAUGAUCACGAAAGCAGGAGUUCCUUCCAACAAGAUUGUUGUUGGUGUCACCAGUUACGGUCGGUCUUUUGCAAUGGCUGACCCGGGCUGCUAUGGCCCAGAUUGCUUCUACACUGGCACUGCACUGCAUUCAAAUGCUGAACCAGGUGUUUGUACCGGGCAAGCUGGAUAUAUUGCGAAUGCGGAGAUCAAACAGAUCCUGAGUGAUCCAAGCCGUGUCAAUCAACACUUCAUCGACGACAGCGACUCUAACAUUCUGGUGUAUGAUAACACCCAAUGGGUCUCCUGGAUGGAUGACCAUGUCAGAUCAAUACGGACACAGUUGUACCAGGCAUUUAAUUUUGGUGGCACUACCGACUGGGCUACAGAUUUGGAGUCUUAUCAUCCUGUUCCACCUCUUUCCACCGCCAAAACCUGGCCUGAAUUCAUAUCAAAAAUCAAGUCUGGAGGAGACCCUUACGAGCAGGGAAACCGAACUGGUAACUGGACCACACUAACCUGCACAGACCCAGCGGUGCAGGGUGUUGCCGACUUCACCUCUCAAGAACGGUGGAAUAUGUUGGAUUGUCCGAAUGCAUGGGAAGAUUUGAAAAAUGUUUGGGUAACCGACCAAAGGGGUCAUUUAAACUAUCCGUUCUCGGCAGCUCUUUCACUCACGAUGCAUGGGCCAGAAAACACAAACUGUUCCGAUUUGCAGGGUCUCUGCCCCGGUGGUAAAGAAUGCACUAGCUUUGUAGGCGCCGGAUCAGGGCCUGCGGCAUAUGAAAUUUGGAACUCUUGGGGUAUCAUUCAUGCGGUAUGCUUUCUCUCACUAUACCAAAAUUUUAUCGUUCUGGCGAAUCUGACCUUGGGUGAACUUUGCCUAUUCCAGAUGUUUGUGAAUUUCAAUUCUGAUCUACAAACUGCGUGGUCUGACCUCAUCCUGCCUCAACUCACGAUCUUCGAAGAUACUUUUGCACCAAUACCUCCGGCUCCAAGUGAUCAAUGGAUUUUUCUGCUAGUUGAUUUAGUCACACUCGGGGUUUCACUGGUUGCAGGGCCCUUUUUCGACACUGUCCUCAGUGGAAUGGCAGCGUUUGCUGACAACCCAAAUACGUUGGCCAAUCUGAAAGAUGCCACAAUGACUUUGAUUGGACAAAGCACAACCAUAGCAAAAGAUGCACUCCAGACCCAUCAAGUUCGUGGAUGGACUCCGCAAUCACACGCUAAAUUCACCGCAUACAUGGGCCAGGCUGUCUUCGGGUGGAGUAAUUUUACCAUGAACGUUCUAGCAGAUAUCUUCUGUGGCAGCGACAAUGGAUUAAGUAUGCUCACCACUCUCAUGUCCAACGGGCAACUCAUUGAAGGGUCUGCUGGGAUCGUGAGCGCAGACCUCCCUGGCAAGCUUGUUUCAUCCUUUGAGAAGCACAUUGCUAAGUCUCUAUGGGCGUAUACAAUUCCAACAAUCUGGAGUCUUUCGCCGGAUGUAUACCCUUUCGUCAUCGACUCAGGUUAUGGCUGUGACACAACUGACCCACUCAGUGAAUAUCUUAGCUCGGACACAAUGCAUUCCUCAGGGGCUUGCAUCUCUGGCAAGCUAUAUUAUCUGGCUACACCUAAGGGCAAAGCACGGGAAAGUAAGGUGAUAUGCUCACUACACGGCACGUGCCAUGCUUCAUCCCACGACAACUCGUUCUCUGCACUGCCAGGCAUUGAUACCAUGAACGGGGGUUCAUGGGCUGGUAUAACGGUCAAAGAUGUGAUCAAUGGAUCCGUGAAUACGUACCAGGCCAAUAACAAUGCGAACGGCGCCUCAACGCCUAGUCCUUACGACCCCAAGACUGUCGCCAAUUUGAUCCAGGGAGACUUUACAACCCCAGGUUACAUUCGGCUGCCUGUGUGUAGUCCAGAUGUUGCCUUCGCGGCAUGGAAUCAAGUUGGCGGACCCAGCACCCACAAACCAAGCUACCCAUGUAUUCCACCAAUGGGGGUGAAUGACUGUCGUACUUCUACCUUUGUGGAUCAGACAAGCGGUGCAUCUCCACUGGUGUCGGAUUGUCUUGAGCUUGUCAAGGAAGUUGAAGGCAUGUUGCAUAAGUCAUGGGAGGUUUCCGAUGCCUUUAAACAGCAAAAGCAGCUGCUGCGCCAUGGAACCUGUCGGUUUGGGAUCCAGGGUACAUCAAUCAUUGGAAACAUCGACUUCCAUAUCGGCUCUCAGGACAUUAUCGACAUUAUCAAUCAGUCAAUCAAGCAGUUUGGAGGAUCUGGCAGAGUUGGUGCUAAAGGUGACAUGUCUUGCGAUGGCGACGUGAAGGGACAGCCUGUUCUGUGGGGACUUUACUAG